AUGGAUGAAGUAGCGAAAUUAGAACAUCUUUCGCUGGUAUCAAAAGUUUGUACGGAGUUGGACAACCACUUAGGCUUAAAUGACAAGGAUUUAGCUGAAUUCAUCAUAGACUUGGCAGAUAAAAAUCCUGCCUUCGACGCAUUUAAAAAAGCUCUCCUUGAAAAUGGGGCAGAGUUCUCAGACUCCUUUAUGACAAAUCUGCUUCGUAUCAUACAGCAUAUGAAACCUGUUAACAAUGCUGCACAAAACAAUGACACUGAACCGAAUAACCAGAAUUCGUUGGUUAACAAAUUCCCUGGGCUUGCUAUUCCUAAUAAAAAACCAGUAUUUUCUUCUGAUGAUGAAAGCGAUGACGAUAAAGAUGAGAACAAGAGAAUCACAUCAAAAGAGAUAUUUAAGGAGGAAUCAAAAGUGAAAACCCCCUCAGAUAAUAUUGUUGACCAAGCUAUGGCUGAGUUGGAAGCUCUAGCUCCCUCCAACUCGGGACCUAGCAAGACUGAAACCAAAAUAGAAAAGAAAGAUGAGAAAAAACGAGACAGAAGUAGUAGUAGAGAUAGAAAAGACACUAGAACCAAGAGAAGAGAAUCUUCUAGAGAUAGAAGAAGUAGGCGAAGUAGGAGUAGAGAAAAAAGGAGUAGGAGUAGAGAUAGAGAUAAGAGAAGACGAUCUAGAAGUCGCCAUCGCCAUAGAUCUAGGUCUAAAGACCGACGCAGGUCGAGAGACCGUCAUAGAUCCCGCUCAAGAGGAAGGAGGUCCCGGUCAAGAGGGAAAAAGAGAUCUCGUUCAAAAGAUCGGGAGGUAAAGUACGAUUAUGGAAAAAGGGAGAGAAAACGAAGUCCUGAGGUGGAGAUGAGUGAUGAUCCAGAGCCUGGCAAGAUCUACAACGGUCGCGUAGCGAACAUCGUUCCGUUUGGCUGUUUUGUCCAAAUAGAAGGUGUCCGCAAGAGGUGGGAGGGCCUUGUGCACAUUUCACAGCUUAGGGCCGAAGGACGAGUUACCAAUGUCUCUGAUGUCGUUAACCGUGGAGACAGAGUCAAGGUGAAAGUUAUAUCUGUGACAGGCCAAAAAGUCUCUCUUACCAUGAAAGAUGUCUGCCAGGAGACAGGCAAAGAUCUGAAUCCAACAUCUCAUGCUCAUUUGGAGGCCGAACGCGAAGGGCGUAAUCCCGAUCGGCCAGCACCGGCGGCCACAGUGCUGGCUGGGCUGCAGGGUGGCCUCGACCCCGACGAGGACUCCAGCCGUAAGCGCGUCACAAGAAUCUCCAGCCCAGAGCGGUGGGAGAUUAAGCAGAUGAUAUCAUCAGGGGUAAUAGACAAGAGCGAGUUGCCAGACUUCGACGAAGAGACCGGUCUUCUACCAAAAGACGAAGAUGGAGAAGCUGAUAUAGAAAUAGAACUUGUAGAAGAAGAACCGCCGUUCCUUCAAGGUCACGGCAGGGCGUUACAUGAUCUGUCGCCGGUGAGGAUUGUGAAGAAUCCAGACGGGUCUCUGGCACAAGCUGCUAUGAUGCAAUCUGCCCUUGCGAAAGAGAGACGGGAACAGAAAAUGAUACAGAGGGAGCAGGAGAUGGAAAGUUUACCUACAGGUUUAAAUAAGAAUUGGAUAGAUCCAUUACCAGAGUCCGAUGGUAGAGCUCUAGCAGCCAAUAUGAGGGGGACUGGCAUCACUCCACAGGACCUGCCAGAGUGGAAGAAACAUGUGAUUGGUGGGAAGAAGUCAUCGUUUGGCAAGAAGACUAAUUUGUCACUGCUGGAGCAAAGGCAAUCGCUACCUAUUUAUAAGUUGAGGGAUGAAUUAACCAAGGCGGUGGCUGACAACCAGAUCUUGAUAGUGAUCGGCGAGACGGGGUCGGGCAAGACGACGCAGAUCACACAGUACCUGGCGGAGUGCGGGCUGACGGCGCGCGGCAAGAUCGCGUGCACGCAGCCGCGCCGCGUCGCCGCCAUGUCCGUGGCCAAGCGCGUGGCCGAGGAAUUCGGCUGCCGCCUGGGCCAGGAGGUGGGCUACACCAUCCGCUUCGAAGACUGCACCAGUCCGGAGACCGUCAUCAAGUACAUGACAGACGGUAUGUUACUCCGCGAAUGCCUCAUGGACCUCGAUCUCAAAUCCUACUCCGUCAUUAUGUUAGACGAAGCUCACGAGCGAACGAUUCACACUGACGUCCUAUUCGGCCUAUUAAAACAAGCGGUUCAAAAACGGCCAGAAUUAAAACUCAUUGUAACCUCAGCUACGUUAGACGCUGUAAAAUUCUCGCAAUAUUUCUUCGAAGCGCCAAUCUUCACCAUACCAGGCAGAACGUUCCCUGUCGAGGUCUUGUACACGAAAGAACCAGAAACCGACUACCUUGACGCGUCACUUAUAACAUGUAUGCAGAUACAUCUACGUGAACCACCGGGGGAUAUUCUACUCUUCUUAACUGGGCAAGAAGAAAUCGAUACGGCAUGUGAGAUACUGUAUGAACGGAUGAAAUCCCUAGGCCCUGACGUACCGGAGUUGAUAAUACUACCUGUGUAUUCCGCAUUGCCUUCCGAGAUGCAAACGCGAAUUUUCGAACCAGCCCCACCGGGAUCCCGGAAAGUUGUGAUCGCAACUAAUAUUGCUGAAACUUCGCUGACCAUUGAUGGUAUUUACUACGUGGUUGAUCCUGGAUUUGUGAAGCAGAAGGUGUACAAUUCGAAGACUGGCAUGGACUCGCUUGUUGUUACGCCUAUUUCACAGGCAGCGGCAAAGCAGCGCGCUGGUCGUGCCGGACGGACGGGUCCGGGCAAGUGCUACCGACUGUACACGGAACGCGCAUAUCGUGACGAAAUGCUGCCAACGCCUGUACCUGAGAUACAACGCACCAACCUUGCUACAACUGUGCUACAGCUGAAAACGAUGGGCAUCAACGACCUGCUGCACUUCGACUUCAUGGACGCGCCACCCGUCGAGUCCCUGAUCAUGGCACUGGAGCAGCUGCACUCUCUUUCGGCGCUGGACUCCGAGGGUCUACUCACAAGACUCGGCCGUAGGAUGGCGGAAUUCCCUCUAGAACCAAAUCUAUCAAAGAUACUAAUAAUGUCCGUCGCCCUCCAAUGUUCUGACGAAAUUCUAACCAUAGUGUCAAUGCUCAGCGUACAAAACGUUUUCUACCGACCAAAAGACAAGCAAGCACUGGCUGACCAGAAAAAGGCCAAGUUCAACCAACCUGAAGGAGACCAUUUAACGCUACUGGCAGUAUAUAACAGCUGGAGGAACAACAAGUUUUCUAACGCGUGGUGCUACGAGAACUUUGUUCAAAUUCGAACUUUAAAACGAGCGCAGGAUGUCAGGAAGCAAUUGCUUGGGAUUAUGGAUAGGCAUAAAUUAGACGUAGUAUCCGCGGGAAAGAACACCGUACGUAUCCAGAAGACGAUAUGUUCUGGGUUCUUCCGUAACGCCGCCAAGAAGGAUCCGCAGGAAGGGUAUCGCACGCUGGUAGACAGCCAAGUUGUAUACAUUCAUCCUUCGAGUGCGCUCUUCAAUCGGCAACCUGAAUGGGUAAUAUACCACGAGCUAGUGCAAACAACGAAAGAAUACAUGCGAGAGGUAACAACGAUCGAUCCGAAAUGGCUCGUCGAGUUCGCACCAGCGUUCUUCAAGUUCUCCGACCCCACCAAGCUCUCCAAGUUCAAGAAGAACCAACGCUUGGAGCCGUUAUACAACAAGUAUGAAGAACCCAAUGCUUGGAGAAUCUCGCGAGUGCGAAGAAGGAGGAAUUAACGUGCAAUCGUUGAAGUGUAUGGGCAUU